CUUGUGGCUCUUUCUUAUUGGCGCACAAAUCUGGAAUGCCACGAAACGCACCGUCGAGAUUGACAUCUCUAUGACCAAUCACUAGUAGAACCCGCCGACACGACACCAAUCACCUAUCAGGAUGUGGGAGGAGCUGGUUUGUUGACAGGAAAUGCGAGGCGGACUCACUUCCACAACCCCUUCUCGCCUGUAGUUCAGCCGGACAAACAGCGGGGUUGACAGUCGGUCAUCCCUCAGAGGUAUGUGGACUUAAACUAUGCGUUUCAAGACCGACGCGGGGCAAAGAUGCAAUGGAGGUCAAUACUUGUUGGUCUUGUCGUAUUGAGACUGUCUCUCAGCUGCAUGCUGUGGCUAGCUUUCGGACUGGGACCUAGCUGGGGGUUCAACUUCCAUCUGGGUUUCAAUUUGCACAAACUGGACUUGCUGUUCAGGGAGGAAAAGGAGACCGAACCGAGAGAUAACUCCUGGUCUGAACGAAUACACGGCCCCAGAUAUGAAGAGACGGUGACCACCUGUGCGUCGGCGGGAGAGGAGUCCCCAAAGAGGUCAUACCUGAGCUUCUUCGAUGGCAACAAGGACGAGUACGUGCGGAGAUACAGCUCUUUCCCGGACACACUAAAGGCCAAAAUGAAAGACAUGGCCAAAGAAAUGUUCUACUUCGGAUAUGACAAUUAUAUGAAAUAUGCCUUUCCCGAGGACGAGCUGAAUCCAAUUGACUGUGAAGGGAGGGGUCCAGACGUGCAAAACCCAUCAAAUAUCAACAUAAAUGAUGUCUUGGGGAACUAUUCCCUUACUCUCAUUGACACCUUGGACACUCUGUUGGUGCUUGGCAACGUGUCAGAGUUUCAAAGAGCCGUCAAACUGGUUAUAGAUACUGUAUCUUUUGACAAGGACUCAACUGUGCAAGUUUUUGAGGCAAACAUCAGGAUCUUGGGAAGCCUUAUUUCAGCACACAUUCUGCUGACUGACCCAAAACAUCCUUUUGGCAAUGUGGGCUUUGAAGGUUACGAUAAUGAGCUGCUACAUUUGGCUCAUGACUUGGCUGUGCGUUUGCUGCCAGCCUUUGAGAACACCAGCACAGGCAUUCCCUACCCCAGGGUGAACCUGAAGAACGGAGUUCCCCCUGACAGUGUGAAUGAGACCUGCACUGCAGGAGCCGGGUCCUUGCUGGUGGAGUUUGGAAUUUUGAGCCGCUUAAUUGGGGAUUCGACAUUUGAGUGGGUAGCUAGACGAGCUGUUAAAGCCCUGUGGAACCUGAGGAGCAACGAAACCGGUCUUUUGGGCAAUGUAGUUAAUAUUCAAACAGGCCAGUGGGUUGGCAAGCAGAGUGGUCUUGGAGCUGGUAUGGACUCCUUCUAUGAGUACUUGCUUAAGUCAUACAUCCUCUUUGGAGAAAAAGAGGACUACCGUAUGUUUACAGCUGCUUAUGAAAGCAUCCAGAAUCACAUGAGACGAGGGAGAGAGUCGUGCAAUGAAGGAGAAGGUGACCCACCUCUCUAUGUUAAUGUGAACAUGUUCAGUGGUGAGAUAAUGAACACCUGGAUUGACUCACUUCAGGCUUUCUUUCCUGGCCUUCAGGUGCUGAAUGGCGAUGUAGAUGAUGCCAUUUGCCUGCAUGCCUUCUACUAUGCCAUCUGGAAGCGCUUUGGAGCUCUGCCAGAGAGAUACAACUGGCAGCUGCAGGCUCCUGAUGUGCUUUUCUACCCUUUAAGACCAGAACUAGUAGAGUCUACUUACCUGCUGUACCAGGCAACCAAAAAUCCUUUCUAUCUGCAUGUUGGAAUGGAUAUUCUACAGAGCCUUGAGAAAAAUGCCAAAGUCAGAUGUGGGUAUGCCACUCUCCAUCACGUUGUGGAUAAAUCCAAAGAGGAUCGCAUGGAGAGCUUUUUCCUCAGCGAGACAUGCAAAUAUCUUUAUCUGCUGUUUGAUGACGACAACCCACUUCACAAAUCCGAUAACAAGUACAUCUUCACAACCGAGGGUCAUGUUGUGCCUAUAGACAAACGCUUCAGGGAGAAACAAUGGAAUGAUGACUUUCCAUGUGAGGAGGGAGCACUGGCAGAAAGAGAGCCAGUCAACCAGCCUGCUCCAAGAAACAUCAGCAAUUGUAACAGGAUCCCAGAGGAGCGACGGUACACUCUCCCAUUAAAGAGCAUCUACAUGAGGCAAAUAGAUCACAUGGUGGGACUUUUUUGAGUGAUGGGAUGGAUGUAAUGACAUUGGCAGGAGCAGGCCUUCAUUGCACAGAUGAACUGACCACUUGUUGGUUAAAAUCCUCUUCCUGUCUGUUCUGCUGCUCGGGAAACUCACACUAAAGUAAUCCUGAGAAAGCAAUUUGAUUAAAUUAAGUUUGAGCUUUUUUUUUUCUGUUUUGGUGGAUGAAAAUGUUGCCAGACCUUUUCUGUGGGAAGAUGAGGAUUCAUCCUUCGUUGCAUUUUGGCAGGCAAAUCAUUGAGAAAGUGGUGAAUAACUGUGUGUUCUUAUGGAACAAAAAAAAAUGUCUGUUCAGGUAUGAAUGUGUGUGUGAUUAUGUUUGUGUAUGCACAUUUGAAUCUUCAGCUGAGCUGGGAAUCAGAAUGCUGUGUUAAUGGGAACAGUGCCAUCUAGCCACACAUGAAAAUGCAUAGCCUAUAAAAACACUCAACUUAACAAAAAGUCUCUCUAAACAUGAAGAUAUGGUGCCUCCUUGCAGGUGAUUCACACUAGAUCAGUGCUUCUACAUAAGGGCUGUAUAUUAACAGAUGAUAAUAACAGGUAUGAACUGUUAAAUCCAGAGGCUGCGUUAGAUCGUGCUCAUAGGAAUGUCGUUCUUUUUGUACACCUGAGGCUGGUUUGCAAAAGAGUCUAAACUAUUGCCACUAUGAAUAUUUUUUUUCUUAAACCGCACUAGCCAUAUUGCACGGAUUUUAAACUGUCUUCUGUCUUAGUUGUGUUUUGCACAUCACAUCAAACCUCAGUAUCCAGGGAGUUACAGACAACAUAAAGGUAAACUGCCUCCUGCUUGUUAGCUGUUAAUUAAUUUCUGAUUAGUAUUGAGCUAAACAUUGAUCUCUCAGGCUUCUAGCUACUCAAUGUCUUACAAAGAACAGAGCAGUGCCACAACUGUAUGAGCGGGAGAUUAAUGACGGCUCUUUAAAGUGCCUUCAAUUUGUCUUCGUUUCUCUGGAUGCUGUGCAAUGCAUAUGAUAAUGUUGUGAAUAACAUGGCUGAAAAAAAGGCCACUGUGAUGUUUUGCAAAAAGAGUCAUUCCAUGUGUAUGUACAGUUUUACACUGAUUAUGACAUGACGCUCUUUUUUUUUUUUUUUUUUUUUUUUUUUUUUUUUUUUUAGAUGUCAAAAAACAAGCCAUAAAAUGUAUUGUUUUUUUCCCAAUGAUAGUUAAUUUUCAAGAAGUGCAAAUUGAUUUUUCAUCCGUUUUCUCUCAGACACGGUCAGUAUACAGACUUUCCUGCAAUUUAAUUUCUGUUAUCAGGAUGAUUACCACGUGGUGAGAACUCAGGGUUUAAAAUAAACACAUAAUCAAUGAAUGCUUUCAUAAGAAAUAAAACUUUUUGAAACGUUGCCUACAAUAUCUCGAGAUGGUGCUGGUUUUCUUGCAAAUGUUACAAAUUGCUUGCCCGAGGUCACAGAGUGGCUCCACUGAAGUACAGUUGUACUGUGAAAACUGAUUUUCUUCCACAAAUAUAAACAGAGGAUGUUGGGUUUUUUUUAAUUAGCUGUGAUGUUUUAUUCGUGUACAGAUUUAGUAUUUUUUUUUUCUUCCACUUUUGCCAAACAUCCUGACUGUAUAUUAACUGUAGGAGAUGGCUAUCCAUCUUCUUUGAUAAUGUGCUGUGUUAUAUCAGUGAUAUUUAAGUUCUCUAAAGGAAAUUACCCCAAUCGCUUCAAAGUAAUAGUUGCAGGAAAUGUACACAUUUAUUUUCUUCCAAGGAGUUAAAUGAAAUGAUUGAUGCCACCUGAUAGUCUGGACAGCACAGAAUGCUAAUCACAGCUAUGUCACAAACUUGUUGCUCAGAACUAUCAAUUGUAGAGCUUUUGCAUGUUUAUUCAGAGAGUUUGGAAAUAUGCCUUUUAUUAAAUCAUCUAAAAAUUAGCUUGAGAGAACAUUCAUAAAUUUGCUAAAAGAGGCCACUGUACUGUUUAUUAGAGCAAUUAUCCUAAGUGUGCAGAGGGAAACUGUUUCCUUUGCUCUUUCCAAGGAAAAAUACAUACAUUCUCAAGUACACUGAAGCUCAGCACAUAAUUUGUUUAAUCAAAAUGAAAACAGUCUGUUUAGUCCGUUUGUGGCUCUUAUACAUUAAAGGGGAUCUAUUAGUCUCAUUUCCAGCUCCUUAUUUUUAUUAAUUAACUCUAAUAGAGUUACUUUGAAUUUUUCACAGUUUGAAAUAAUAUUGAUCAAAUGGCUUUGGUUCAGGCCCUCAGUUCCUCCUUUCUGAAACCAGCUCUUUUAGCUCCCUUCUCCCAUUCUUUAGACUAACUUUCUGCUGAUUAGUUGCCCCGUUAGAGCAGAAGAGACGAUCAAUGUCAUCUUACAGACCCAAGAUGAUGGCACUUUUUUUCUUUUUGCCUCUCUAAACACUUGAGAAUCGAGGAAAAAGGAAUCUUCCCAUUGAACUUUUUGGGGGGAUUUCCUUCCUCUUUGGAGCUAGAAAAGGCCACCCAAACACACGAGAUAUCAAUGGAAAGCCCCAGAUGUCCUCUUUUGAGUACAUCAGACUGAGUAGGGUCAAAAGAUAUAGACCAAAAUAUAGCAUUAACUACUUUGGAACGAAAACAAUUUUUAUUGCUUAAACAAGGAUGAAUUUUAAGUAACAUUUUUUCCAGGCAAUGGCUAGAACCCACGGAGUUCUUCUUCAGUUGCAGCUUAUUUGCUGGACUUUCUACCUUCAGUUUGGCCUUCAGUAACUGAGAAAAAUACCGCAUUUGGUUGAGAUCGGGUGACUGACCUGGCCAUUCAAGAAUAUUUCAUUUCUUUGCAUUGGGAAAUUCUUGUCUUGCUUCUGCAGUAUGCUUUGGGUCAGUACCUAUUUGCACUGUGAAGCACUGUCUGAUCCCAAUUCCACUGGCAGACAUGCAUAUACCAUAGUAUUGCCUCCACCGUGUUUGACUCAUCAUGUGGUGAGCUUCAAAUUAUGACCUUUCGUCUGUGCAGGCUCUGUAAGAUGUUUUCAGGCAAUGUCUAAUCUUGUCUAUCUGUUUUUGAGUUCUCGAGCAGAGGCGAUGGCUGAAAUUUUUUGACUUUUAAUUGUUUUCUGAUACAUUUUAGAGCUUUUUUCUGCUGAUGAAGAUAGUAGAUUUUUGACUUGAAACGUUUUUUUCGACAUUUAUUUUGUAUUUUCGGCCUAAUGAUGACCUUCUUGACUUACAUUUGAUCCCUUUGGUCCUAAUUUUGAGAUUUCCACUGAAAAUAUAUGAAAUGCAAGUUCAACCCCUGGACUCAAGUUCAGUUCUCUCUGCUUAAUUUGACAAAGCAACAAGCUUCAUUUGGACAUGGAGUUGUCAGUCAAUUAUUCUAUUUUGAGCUUCUGAAAAUCUACGUAUAAAAAAAUUUAACUACUAAAUAGUUACAGUAUUUUUUUUUAAAUAAAACCCCUUUAAAAUAUUUAACAAUCCAAGUCUUGUGUUAUACAUUCGUCUUGAGUCUCUACAGGGAGGCAAAGAAUCUUCAACGCAGAGCUGUUCUUUGAACGUUUAUGAAAAACUAAAGGUGGUCACUUGUAAAAAUGACACGCUUCAAUUAUUUAAGGGAAAUAUUCAGUGAAAAUAAUAAAUGUGAGAUUCUAAACACAACACUGCAGAGUUGCUUUUAAUUUGUGAAAGACUGAGAAGUACUGAGUUUUCUACAGAAGCUUUAAUAAGUUUGAUCAAGGAGUACAAUUAGUGGUUUCUGUACAGAAUUGUUGGCUCAAAGGCCCAGAGUUUUAAUUAACUUAAACAAAUCUUUGACAAAUCUAUCCCUCGACAUUGUUACAUAUCAACAUGCUGUCGCCAUACUUAAUUAACUGUCCAACAGAAAUCUGCUUAAUUAUAUACACUGGCCAUUUUCAACUAUUGUAAAGAGUUAGAUUUCCUAACACUUUCAUGUGACUCGAGCAUGUCACAGGUUCAAUUUGUGACAUGCUCGAGUUAUGUUACAAACUGCUGUAGUGUGUUUGUACAUAUAAGCCGUUUCUAGUGAAAGGUUCUGUUAAAAUAUCUAACAGAGGCUGAAGUGCAUAUGCAGGUGGUUAGGUCAUCUUCUUUGCCCUUUUAGCCGUACACUGAUCACUUACUGUAACACAGAGACAAUGCAUUAGCCGGAAAUGUUUUCACAUUACAUGAGAAAAAAAAAAUCACUGUUUGCUGACAGAAGCUGAUGUUUUAACUACACACUGCAUGCCCCCCCCCCCCCAAAGAGCAGUUCAAGAGACUU